AUGGAAGUACCGUACGUACCCAUCUCGGCAGUGGCGGAGGAGGCCGAACCGGCCGAGACGUGGGAGGACAUCCCACGCAGAAUCCCAACCACGACGCCGCUGUGCCAGCAGGUGGCAGGCCGCCGCCAGAUGCGGGUGUUCGGUCGGGGUUUGGGUCUCGGGCUCGGGCAGGGACCGAGCACACCACCUCCCGGCGCCAGUGCGAUGGGGCGCCAGUGUGCGAGUGCACCGGUGCCCGUCACUAUUACGGGGAGUGGUCGGGGAUGCCCGCGAGCGGACGCGUGGAGUCGGUCGGGACUCCGCAAACCGCCGCCACCGCCGGUCGUGAUGUCGGAUGCAGUCACGCAGACCACCUGCGAGGUCUGCAACUGCAUCCACCCGGUGCAGGCGCUGUCUCCGCGACGGUGUCCGUGGCACGAGCCGUCGUGCUCGACACCGUCGUCGAGGAGAUGUACGCCGGCAUCGACCACACCGUCGUCGUCGGCAAGAUAUACGCCGGCCUCACCCACACUGCCGCCGUCGUCAAGGGCGUACACGCCCCGCUCGCCACCAUACCCACCACCAUACGGCGACGGGAUGGCGAGCGCCGCAUACCCGCCGCCACCGCCACGAUAUCGCCCAACCAACGACGGCGAAGACGGCUACAGCAACGGCGGCUACAACAACGGCGACUACAACAACUACGACGACGAGGACGACGCCGGCGCCGACAGGCUGCGUCGGCCGAUUUAUGUUAUUAUUCUGCCUCGCUAA